AUGGCUGCCCACACCACCAAAAUAUAUCCAUUAGGCUCUCCUCAAAAUCACAUUGAAAUGUGUGGAACUCAUGAAUUGCCGAUUGAUAUGAUAUGUGAGGACUGUGAUGAAUUCAUUUGUGGUGAUUGUGCAAAAUCUAACCAUAGAGAUCAUGCCUGGAAGACUAUAUCUACGGCUGCCAUCGAAAGGAGAAAAGGUUUACAUAAAUUUCUGAAAAAGAUUAAGGAAGAAGAUCUACAUAACGUUGAUGAGAAGCUAAAGAAGAUUCCACAACAGAUCACAGAAAAUAAGCAACGGUGUGACUUUGAAAUUGAAAAGCUUCAGAAACAUUAUGAUGAGAUAAUGGCCAGGCUAACAAAAAUAAAAAAUCACCAUGAAAAUACGAUGAAAGAAAGUUCAGUUAAAAAGAAUGAUCAACUGAAUCAUGUGAAAUCUGAAUUAGAGAAGAAAAAGAAAGGAAUUUUGGACACAUUAAAAUUUAUGGAGGAGAACAACAGCACCAUGUCAGAUUACAGCUUGAUUGACAACCACAGAGAACUGACAAAAUUGCUGUCUGAAGUCGAGGUUCAUAUGACAAAAUAUGAACACUCGGUGAGAUUCACUAGAGGUGAAAUUAAUGAAGAAUUUCUUGAAUCUUUGGUUGGAAAGACAUUGGACUUGGAUAAUAUUGGUGCAACUCAAGAAAAUAAAUUUCAACAUGGAGAAAAAAGAAUACUUUCUCUGGAGAAAUUCAGUGAGGACCAAUGUUACAUAUAUGAACUAAAUUCAAAAUACAUAGAAAAAGUCAAUCAACAAGGCACAAAAGAACAUAGAUUUAGUACUAAUACUAAAAUUAAUGACAUAUGUGUAACUGAUAAUAGAGAUGUUUAUUUCACUAACAUCAGUAAAAAUUCCAUCAGCUGUCUGUCACCAUCAGGAUCUGUCUCUACAAUCAUCAGUACAGAACCACUGGGACCAGUCGGAAUCUGUCAGGCAAUAAACGGUGGCCUACUGCUCACCUUGACAGACUUAGAAUCAGAUCUUUAUAAAUUAGAUUCAAACAGCAGACGUCUGGUGAGACACAUCACUGUGACAGGUGACGUCAUCCAUGAGUAUGAGUACCAGGAGGAUGGUCAGACCAGACUGUUUACAUUGCCAGUUAGAGUCAAACAGAACAAAAAUAAAGAUAUCUGUGUUGUGAACAGUACAAGUGAAACAACAGGUGAACUAGUGAUUAUGUCUCCCUCUGGUCGUAUGAAGUCUGUCUACCGUGGACAAAACCUCUCAGAGGACUUUAGGCCAGGUAAUGCAGAGUGUGACUCCCUCUGUAACAUCCUCGUACCUGACAUUAACAACAACCAGAUCCAUUUACUGAGUCCUGAAGGGUUGUUCCUGAAGUUUUUGCUGACAGAGGAUGAAAUUAAAUAUCCAUGCUCACUGUCCCUAUACAGGUCUACACUAUGGGUAGGAUACUUGAAAGGACAUGUCAAAGUGUUUCAGUACAGAAUAUAG